AUGUCCGAAGAGGUCAAAGACUCAAACUCCGAGUUAUCGAAGCCAACAAAGAUAAAUGCAAAAAAUAAUGGCAAAAACUUUGAGGAUUUUGAUUAUCCAAGUAGAAGUGAAGACGCUUCAGAAGCCGACCAAGAGACAACUGAAGACGGAGAUUCACAUGAAGAAUUGGAAGAGUUGGACGACAUAAGAAGACGACGUAAAACUCUUGUCGCAUUGGCUACAGCACAUCAUCAUGUUGGUGCGCAUCUGAAGUGUAUUAGACCUACUGAGGAUAUUUUUAAUCCCGAAGAUCCUAAAAUACGUGAGGAUAUAAUUCUUAUGAUAACUCAAUAUCUUUCGGAUGAAGGUUAUAACACAUCAAAAAUGACCAUUUAUGAUGAGGCGAAUGUAAAAUGGCACGAAAAAGAAGAACGCGUUGCUGAAUUCAAGCGUUUGAAGAAAGCGAUCCUUGAUGGAGAUUGGGCGGAAAUUGAUAAGCUGAGCGCUAAGCCCUUGAUUAAAAAUCAUAAAAGCUUUUUAUACGCUGCUUUCACGUUUCUUAAUAAAAGAAUGAAACCUCUCGAGCAUCUUCAAACAACGCCUAAUGAAUUUAAAGACUUGUGCUAUUUAUUAACUGCGAAAGCCGUUCACGAUGCACCUUCAUUCAAGAAUUGGGAGGGGGUUGGACCAGCAAGGGAGAAGUUAGUUGAACAUUUCCAAAAUAUGCUCAAUUUUGAGAAUACGGAUAAGGAUGGUUCCGUGUACGUGCCGCCCAGUCGACUUCUUACGCUACUUCGGCAAGCCGUUGCGUACCAAAUCGAAUUUUCUCGAUACCAUCCGCGUAUCGCUCCACGAGUGAAUACCUUAUUACAAGACUAUACCAGUUUCGUAAUACCAAAUGCAGUACGUGCGACUUUGACAGGGCAUCGUGGUAAUGUCAAGUGUGUUGAAUUCGUUGGCGAAGAAGGACGAGAAAUCGUUAGUGGUUCAAGCGAUAACACUAUAAGAAUUUGGGAGACUGAAAGUGCAAAAGUAAUUGGAAGUUUGGAAGGCCAUGAAUCCCGAAUUUGGGAUGUCUCAUCAAAUAAGAAUGGUUCAAUGGUGUCGAGCGCUAGUGGCGAUGGAACCAUUAAGUUGUGGGAUAUGAAGGCAAGCAAACAUUCUUGUAUAAUUUCAUUAGCCGGGCACUCUGGUGACGUAUAUUCCGUUAAGGUCCAUCCUGGCGAUAAUCAUGUUGUAUCAGGAGGGUAUGAUAAGAUCAUAAGAUUUUAUGAUGCUUCAACUGGUCAAUUGGUAAAAAUGUUCACGGGUCAUCAAUUAUCAGUAUCCAAAACCAUAUUUAAUCCCUUGGGAAACUUGAUAAUUAGUGGCUCAAAAGAUAAUACCAUAAAAUUUUGGGACAUUGUAUCAGGAUUAUGUAUAAGAACAAUUUCUUCUCAUUUAGGUGAAGUCACUUCUGUGGAAAUGAAUUCUAAUGGAACUUUGUUGUUAAGUAGUUCCAAAGAUAAUUCCAAUAGACUAUGGGACGUUAGAAUGGGUCGUCCUAUAAAAAGAUUAAAAGGGCAUCAAAAUACCUCAAAAAAUUUCAUUCGUGCUGGUUUUGUAAAUGAUUCUUUAAUCGUCGGAGGUUCCGAGGACGGAAUCGUGUAUAUUUGGGAUCAAGAUACCGGUGAAGUCUUACAGAAAUUAAGAGGACAUAGAGGAAUAGUGUACAAUGCUAUUUGGAGUCAAAAACAAAGUUUAUUUGUUAGUUGUAGUGAUGAUAAAACCCUUAAAACCUGGUGGUAUGAUGAAAGUGUUCCUUUAGAAUUAUAA